AUGACAUAUCUCGCUCGCAAUUUUCUCUUGACCAUCAUAUUGGUGGUCAUUGUAAAACAAUCAGAGUCCGUUUGUGGCUAUGAGUCAUGUCCUGCAACGAAAGUGAACAUGGUCAACAUUCACCUGGUUCCCCACUCCCACAAUGAUGUGGGUUGGCUGAAGACUGUUGACCAGUCCUACUAUGGCUACAAGAACGACAUACAUCAUGCUGGCGUGCAAUAUAUAUUGGAUAGUGUUGUGACCCAGCUCAUUCAGGAUCCCAAGCGUCGCUUUAUACAGGUGGAGACGGCCUUCUUUGCAAAAUGGUGGAAGGUCCAGUCGGAGACCAUGAAAAAGGUAGUCACAAAGCUGGUCAACGAGGGUCGUUUUGAGUUUACAGGUGGCGCUUGGAGUAUGAAUGAUGAGGCAGAUGUUAAUUACCAGGGUGUGAUUGACCAGUUUACGGUGGGUUUGAAGUUCCUCAACGAAACCUUUGGGGCUUGUGCUCGUCCUCGGGUUGGAUGGCAGAUCGAUACUUUUGGACACUCCCGCGAACAGGCAGCCAUUUUCGCUCAAAUGGGAUACGAUGGUCAGUUCUUCUCUCGAAUGGAUCACAAUGACAAGGAGACGCGCUUGAAAAACCGGACCAUGGAGAUGAUUUGGGAUGCCAGCGAAUCGAUGAGUGGCGUCAACCUCUUCAGCGGCAUGCUUUACAAUUUUUACUCGGACACUCCUGGCUUCUGUUUUGACAUCCUUUGCACCGAUGAACCUAUUAUCGAUGGCAAUAGCAUUGGAAACAAUGUGAAGCAAAGGGUAGAUGACUUCAUUAGUUAUGCAAAGGAAAUGUCAGAGCACUAUGUCACCAAUCACAUCAUGGUUCCAAUGGGCGGUGAUUUCCAGUAUGAGGAUGCUAAGGUCAACUACAAGAACAUGGACAAACUUAUCAAGUACAUAAACGAACGUCAGGCAUCUGGAUCCGCUUACAACAUUUUCUACUCUACUCCGAGCUGUUAUCUAAACUCAUUGCACCAGAGCCUGGAGUCGUGGCCCAACAAGACCCAGGACUUUUUUCCCUAUGCCCAUGAACGCAACAGCUUCUGGACUGGCUUUUUCACUUCACGUCCCAACCAGAAACGUUUUGAGCGGGAUGGAAACCACAUGCUGCAGGUGGUCAAGCAGCUUUCUGUGCUGGCUAAUCUGACGAGCGAACAGCAAAACAAUGAUCUGCACUAUCUGCGUCAGAUUAUGGGAGUAAUGCAGCAUCACGAUGCCAUAACUGGAACCGAAAGGCAGGCCGUUUCGGAUGAUUACGAUCGAUUGAUGUACGAUGCCAUAGUUGGAGCAUCCAACAAUGCCCGCGAUGCUCUGCGAAUUCUCACCAACAUGCCCAAUGGGGAGUUCGAAAUUUGUCUGCGGUUGAACAUCAGUGAGUGUGCCUUUACCAAGGAUAGUGCUGACAACGUGGUCGUGACUUUGUUUAACCCACUGGCUCAUACCUCAACGCAGUAUGUGCGCAUUCCCGUGAAAGAGGAGAGCUAUCAAGUCACUGAUGAAAAGGGCAAUCAAGUUCUUUCUGAAGUGGUCCCAGUGGCCGGACAAGUUUUGGCAUUGGAAUACCGUCCCAAUGAUACACAGCAUGAAUUAGUUUUCAAAGCUACAGCGAAUAAAAUCGCCAGCUACUUUAUCAAAAAAGUGGAGAGCAGUCAGACAGCCACAAUUAAAAUGAGAGAAAAUAAUGAUCCCGAGACUGUAGUAGAAAAUUCACUUGUUAAACUGGUAAUUGACAACAAAACAGGACGCUUGAAAUCUGUUGAGAUGAACGGUGUGUCUGAGAAAAUAGUCCAAGACUUUGGCGUCUACAAGACUCACACUUCUUGUGCAUACACUUUCCGUCAAGAUGGGGACAUUGAAGUUUUUGAAGAUGAUUUCGUAUCAACAAUUUAUGAAGGAACGUUGGUCAAAGAAGUCCACCAGCAGGUGAACGAAUGGAUCUCGCAAGUGAUCCGAAUUUACGAGGGCGUCAAUCGUGUGGAGUUCGAAUGGAUGGUAGGACCAAUUCCAAUCGAUGACAAACUGGGUAGAGAGUUUGUCACAAACUUCAAGAGUGAAAUUUCAUCGAAUGGUGUUUUCUACACCGAUUCCAACGGACGUGAGCUGAUGAAACGGAAAAGGAAUAUGCGUGAAGACUUUGUUGCCGACUUGAGUCGUCAGCCUGUGAGCGGAAACUUUUAUCCCGUGACAUCCCGAAUCGCUCUACAAGACGAGAGCAAGCGAUUGGUCCUUCUUAAUGAUCGUUCCCAAGGGGGAGCCAGUUUGGAAGAUGGUGCUUUGGAGAUGCUCCUCCACCGGCGCCAUCUCUUCAACGAUGGUGGAGGUGUGGGUGAAGCUCUGAAUGAGACGCAGUAUGGUAAAGGUCUAAUAGCCCGAGGCAAACUUUACCUUGUUCUUGACUCCGUGGAAAAGGGAAAUACUGCAAAUGAACGAAAGGCGGAAAAAGAACUGUUCCUUCCCUUCUGGAAAUUUUUUAGCAGGGCCAGUAAAACCGAACAGCUUACAACAAAAAACAUUCCCGACUUUAAUGAUCUUCCUCAGUCGGUUCAUCUUCUUACCUUAGAGUCCUUUACUAAGAACGAAAUUUUGUUGCGUUUCGAGAACUUUCUGGAUAAAACUGAGGGCAGCCUGAUCAGCUUCAACAUUCGUGAUAUAUUCGACAACUUGGGUGGCCUAUCGAUUAGGGAAACCACCUUGGAUGGUAACUUGCCACUACAAGAAAUGAAGCGAUUUAAGUUCCAUGCCCAAGAUUCCGGAAAUAAGCCAUCAGUCGCGGAAUAUUCUACAGCACCACACAAUCCUCUUGAAGCUGAUAAAUUUGAUGAAGCUUCUAUGUUUACUGUGUCAUUAUAUCCAAUGCAAAUUCGCACUUUUGUCAUUAAAACGGAUUAA